CUAGGCAAGGGACUCCUCAUUUUAUAGAUGGGGAAACUGAGAGGCAGGGAGUCGAAAUGAUUUGGGCAAGGACACCUGUUUAUUCUGUAAAACCAGGACAAGAAUCCAGAUCUCCCAGUUUUGUUUUGUUUUUUUUUUUGGGGGGGGGGGGUGUUGGUCCAGUGUUCUACUAGACAUCCCAGGACUGGAAACAUAAUCUAAUACACAGCUCUUGUUCUAGAGCAGGAGUCACUGGCAGACUACUUGACCAAUCACCUUUUUUUUGUUACACCCCCAUCUAAGAAUGGUUUUUACAUUUUUAGAAAUAUAAAAACCAUUCUUAGCUCCCGGGGGCUGUACAAAAACAGGCCCUCUGACAGUAAUUUGCCAGCCCUUGUUUUAGAUGAGACAGACCUAGAAAGGGAAAGUGCUUUGGCCAAGGUCACAUAGCAGGUCAGUGGUAGGACCAGGUCUGGAACCCAGAUCACUAGAUUCCUAGUUAUAGGAUCAGAAGACUUAGAGCUGGGAAGGAUGCUAGAGAUCUAUUCCAAUCCUUUCUUUUAAAAAUAAAGACACUUAGACUGUGGUUAAAUGACUUGCCCAGGGUCACACAGGUAAGGAGCAUAGGACAUGAUUUGAACCCACAUCAUUUGACUCCCAAAAUACUCCUUCCACAACAUAACACUGUCAAUGUUCCACACACUCCUUUGCCCUGGUUUAACACAGGAAGAGGUACAGUGAUUCUAGAAUGGACAAGCCAGUGCUAUGAGGUGGAUUCCAGCUAACACAGGCUGUGUUACUGGUUGUGAGGUAGGUUCUAGAAGGGUGAGUGGGGUAGGACAUGAAGGAAUUGUUCUACUGUUCCCUCACAACCUGGGGCCCUUAUGGUAGCCAUGUCCUACUUCAUGACACAGAGAGCUCAUUCGGGUCUUCUUACUUCUGGCCAAGGUGGGGCAGGCCCUCCAAGCUCCUCUCUCAGCCUCUAUGGUACCAUGGAGCCAGUGGUGGUGGCCCCUGGAGGGCCAGGCCCGCUGAGCCAGAAAGCUGAGCAUCAGGCAGCUCCCCAGGCCUGGGGUCACUCUCUACCUACACCAGAACCUGGGAUCUGCUCAGGGGGGGCUGGCUGGGAGCCGCUUCGGCGGAAAGAGUAUCAUGGCAAAUACUGCAGAAAGUUUCCUCGUGUGAGGCAGCUUGAGAACCUGAGCUGGGAGGAUGGUUGCCCACCGGGCAGGGUCCCUCAGUUGGCUGGAGGGCAGAUGGGUGGCCUUGGGGGGCACAGGCCACUGCUGCUCUGUGGACUAUCUCCAGGGGCCCUGCUGGUGCCCAAAGAGACAGGGGGCAAGGAGCCUGGUUCCCAGCCUGACAUCUGCAUCCUCACAUUGGCUAUGAUGAUUGCUGGCAUCCCCACUGUGCCUGUCCCAGGUCUGAGGGAAGAGGACAUGAUCCGGGCAGCCCAGGCCUUUAUGAUGGCCCAUCCAGAGCCUGAGGGGGCUACUGAGGGGAGGUGGGGUCAGGCCCAGUCUCACAUGGUGCUUGGCCAGGCCCCAUUGGUGGGGCCCAGAAGGAGUCAGGGUCCUGCUUCCUGCUUGUAGCCAGAUGAAAUUGCACUAGACUCACUGGGUA